AUGAAUGAAUUCGAGAGCAAGCUCAUCCUCCACGAACCUGACGAUACCUCUGUGGGCCCCUCGGACACCCAGGUUUUCCUCAAUCGCCUGGCGGCCGCCAGCCAGGCGACCGAGCUGAUUACCCUUGCCGCUGACGAGGCAGAGACCGAGCCAGAGCGAACUGCCGAGGCUGAAGUCGACGACGUCAAGGGGCGCAUGUCACUGUCUGCGGACGCGCCUCCAUACAACACCGCGUGCGAGGAACUCGCCCUGGAUCCACUGAGCCCGGUUCUUGUAGUGCCAUCAAAUAUGAUGCAGGCAUGCACGACACUCAAGAAGUGGCAAGUUACGGGGACAUGUUGGAUGCUUCGACAAGAAGCAAGCCCUGUCGCCGGAGGCAUCCUUGCUGAUGCCUGCGGCACCGGCAAGACAACCUCGACGAUAACACUUCUCUGGUACGCAUCGAUUCGUGCAGCCAAAUACCCAAUGCACACCCAUAAACCGACCCUAAUCCUCUGUCAUUCGGCCCUGGUGGACACCUGGCUGACGGAGCUGACCGCGAGCUCUAUCACGUUGGAUGUCGCGACUCCUUCGGACCUAAAGGGUAAACGUCGCCGCGCAGAUGACGAACCGUCCCCGACUCCUUCGAAGAAGCUCAAACGGAAUCCCCUCGACGGAGACAUGUUGCGCUGGCCAAUUGGUGUUGCUACCUUCGAGCGCCUACCUUCCCUUCGUGUCGCUCGCCGCGAUCUGCUACGUUUCGUCGACAGCGUCGAGCAGCAGAUCACCUUGCUCGAAGAGGCUGAGGCCAAUGCGUUGGCUUCGGACGAGGAGGAGGAUGAUCCAAACCACUCAUAUUGGGUCGAGGCAGCCGCGACGCUUCGUGGCAAGAGCACUGAUCCCUAG